AAGUCGAUUUCAAUUCUCUCGUCUUUUCUUAUAAAAUUGGAAAUUUUAAAUUUCUCUUAUGCGUGAAAAAAUUUUUAAUAAUAAAAAAUUAUUUAAAUAAAUAUAUUUAUUGAAAAGAAAGGAUAGAGACGCAGGUAAAGUGUACUCUCACCAUUGAAAAAGAAGUUUCUUAAAUAAACAACAGCCAAAAAGAAGAAGAAGAAGAGAGGGAGUCCAACUCCAAACCCAUUGAUUGGCCGUUGCUGUUAGCAAUAUAUAAUAGAUUAAACAACAGCCGCAGCGACGACGCCACUUGCUGCUGUUUGGAAUUGCUUACAUCACUCCGAUUCCUAAGAAGAAGAAUUUCAGUGAUGGGUUCUAAUGAAUCCAAACCAACCAAGGAUGACGAAAAUGUGAAGAAAAUCAGAAAGCCAAAACCUUGGAAGCAUUGUGAGCCGAUUACGAGAGCACAACUUGCGAAGAUUCGUGAUGAAUUUUGGGAUACAGCUCCGUACAAUGGUGGCCGGAAAGCAGAGAUAUGGGAUGCACUUCGAGCUGCAGCUGAAGCUGAAUUAAUCCUUGCGCAAGCAAUCAUCGAUAGUGCCGGGGUGAUUGUUCAGAAUGAUGAUUUAACCAUUUGCUAUGACGAGAGAGGUGCCAAGUAUGAACUUCCCAAGUAUGUGUUGAGUGAGCCGAUUAAUUUGAUUAAAGAUAACUGAUGACAGAGACAGAAGAAUACAAUGAUUCAUUUAGAAUAUAAAACAUGUAAAUCAAACUCAUAAUCUUUAGUCUCUAGGAUAGUUUUUCCCAGUUGAGAUCCCCCCAUUAGUGUAGGUUAUACUUCUUUGUCAGCAAAAGUUUUGCUGCUUCAAAUGGGAAACUAUUGAAUGCCCAUUGGAAUUUAAGGAAGAUUUAUGUUAUAUGAUUCAAAUGUUUAUUUUAGAUAACUAAAGAAUAUUUAUUUAAAUCGGAUUGAGUCAAUUGAAUAUCAA